AGCAACACAUGGAACAGGUUGCCCGCAACUGAAGAAUUCAACUGACAGCGUUGACUUCUAAAACUGAUGUUGAGCGGACACAAACCUGAAGCCAUGAAUUUUGUUGUUGCAUUCGGGAGCUAUGUUGGCUUGGUACUGGUGCUCAUUCUUCUCUACUUCAUGAGAGACCUCCCUUUGUUCAAGACUGGCCUACUAGGAGAGAUCAGAAACACACUGAUAAAGGUGUCAGAUCUGCUUGUACCAGAAUUAUGUUGGAAACUACUUGAGGGAAUCAACUGGAGACUCUUCAAACAAAGGACGAUGUUCUUCCAAGUGGUGUACAUGUUCCUAUUGUUCCUUGGAUACUUUGAGUUUGUAGUAGAGGUGCUGCCAUUCUUACAUUACUUCUAUGAACAGGAGAACCACAUUAAUGUCCCUAUAUUCAACUUCCUUACUCUAGUCACCUUGCUUGUAAUUAGCUCCAUCAGUAACCCUGGCAUUAUAACAGAGAAGAAUGUUCGAGGCCAUGUGAAGUACUGGGGCACAGAUGGUCUUGUGUACUGGGAGAACACUCAAUGUGCAACUUGUAAACUACCUAAGCCAGCAAGGUCUAAGCAUUGUUCAUUAUGUGGCCACUGUGUAUUCAAGUUUGACCACCAUUGCAUCUGGACCAACAGCUGUCUUGGGGGUAACAACUACAGAUACUUCAUCUUGUUCCUCCUUAACAACCUUUUCUUCUUCACGUAUGGGACCUGGAUGGUGAUGAGGGCACUCGGGGGUAUCAUAGAACACAUGCACCUGUGGGAUGUGAAAUACAUAGAUGAUAAUGAUCAACCCCAACCUAUGAACUAUUCCAUUCUAAUACAUCAUCUAUUUAUGAAAUUUCCACGUAUGGUCUUCCUGGCAGCUUCUGGGAUCUUCUUAGACAUUGCCGUGGGCAUAUUCACACUGUUUCACAUCAUGUUGGCGUUUACCAAUCAAACGACUAAUGAGAGGCAUAGAAGGGGCUUCAUUGAGAGUGUCAUUAAGCGUUUAGCAAAUACCAAUAAAAAUGAUACUCAUGAAAGAAAAACCAUUGGGAAUAAUGGCCUGGCUGAAAUAGAUAAAAAUGAACCAAUUGAUAGUGUUAAAGACAAUGUAAGGCUGAGAACAAAGGGAAUCAAGGGGACAGAAUAUAGUAAUAAAGACAAUCAAACUUCCAGCAAAAGACAGGGGAAGCAAUUGGUGUAUCACCAUGUUGAGGAGUUAUUAAAGAAGCAUUCUUCUAAUGAAAUAUUACAAAGACUAUCCAACAAUCCUUAUGAUUUAGGUUUUUUCAAAAAUAUUUGGUCAGUUUUCUUUCCAUUGACUGUUCCAGGUAAAAACAGUGACAUCUAUUGAAAUUUUGUAGUAUGAAGAAAGCAUUCAAUCCAGACAUUCCACAUACUGAUUAGAAAACUACACAUGAUUAAUAAAAAGGCCACAUUUGUUGCAAUACUCGUACUCUAGUGUUUUAUAUACUACCCUUGUAAAUGUGAUAAUGGAAAUGUACAUUUGUCAUAUCUGACAGUCACGUCAUUUUGAUGGAAUAACAGCUGUGAUAUUAAAGGUAGAAUCAGAUAUUUUUGUGAAAAUUA